UGAUUUCUUACAGUUUUGUUUACUUCCUGUCUUUCUCCAUGUGGGGUCUGCAAUUUAAUAUCGUUUUUGAAGUAUGGCAAUUCCGGGUUCGCUCCAUCUUGAUUCGUGCUUGGUCCGGGUUGGGAAGGACAAAGUGGUGGGGACAACAGACACGUUUCUCGAUAAGACAGAAGAGUGGACCGGGUCAGGAGGACACGUUUCCGAUUACGGAGGAGGCUGGCCUGUAUCUUCAUUGGCCGUAUUGUCAGAGACGCUGUACCUACUGCAAUUUCAAUAAGUACAUCGCCCGGGAUGUAGAUCACAAUGCGAUGAUGAAGUGUUUGGUGCGGGAGACUGAGACUCUCCUUCGACUCAGCCAGGUGAAACGGAUCUCAUCUAUAUUCUUUGGAGGGGGGACUCCAAGCCUGGCCCUGCCUUCCACCGUUGCUGCCAUCCUUGAAUCAGUUGCUAAGCGGGCACAGCUCCCUAGCGAUGCAGAGGUAACUUUGGAGGUCAACCCUACCUCCGUGGGUGCUUCUAAACUGUCCGAGUUCAGAUCUGCUGGAGUGAAUCGCUUCUCCAUUGGAAUCCAGUCCUUGCAUGAUCCAGACCUUGUGCUCUUGGGGAGGGAUCACACAUCGCAGCAUGCCCAGCAGACUCUUGAGGAAGCGAAGAAGCUCUGCCCAGGUCGCACCUCAGUUGAUGUUAUCUUCGGCCGUCCAGGACAGAGCGUGGAAUCAUGGGAGAAAGAGCUAGAGGAGCUGCUAUUGCUCUGCUGUGAUCAUGUGUCCCUGUAUCAGCUAACCCUAGAGAGAGGUACCGCCCUCUUUAAACAGGUGCAGGAUGGAAAACUGAGCGUACCCAGUGAGGAGCUCACAGCCCAGAUGUACAAUGCAGCAAGGAGGAUUUUGGGAAAAUGUGGCUUCCGUCAAUACGAAGUUUCAAACUUUGCCAAAAACGAUGCAGUCAGUGUGCACAACCUGGCCUACUGGAAGGGAAGGCAGUACAUCGGCAUUGGGCCAGGAGCCCACGGUAGGUUUGUCCCGCUGGGAGACGGGGCGAUGCUGAGAGAAGCCCGGAUUCAGACUCUUGAACCAGACUUCUGGAUGAGGGAGGUGCAGAGGUGUGGGCAUGGAACCAGAAAGAGAGUGCCUCUGAGCCGACUUGACGUUUCUGAAGAAGCCAUGGUGAUGGGUCUGCGGAUGACUGAGGGCAUCACUCAUGAACACUGGAAACAGAUCUGUCCUGAGUGGAGCCUACAGGAAAUCUUCAAAGGGUCCCAGGAGGUGCAAGGCCUGCUCCAGGAAGGUUUGCUGAUCAUGGACAGCAGGGGAGUGAGGUGUUCCUGGGGAGGAUUGGCAGUGCUGGACAGCAUGCUGCCUGCUCUGCUGAACCAGCUUCAGAUGACAGCGUCAGGAGAGAGGCAGAGCAAGCAAGAAACCACCUUUUGAAAACUGCUGGGGAAGAAUCAAUUUUUAAUGAGUAAUUGUAAGAAGUGCGCAUAUAGCGGAGUGACUCAUACACUACUUCAAUAGCUUAAUUUACCUAACCACCAUGCAGGCUUCUAUGUUAAAUGUCAGUGACAUAUUUAUGGGGAGGAACCUCAAAUGCAUUCGUCUCAAAAUCACAAAAUAACAAGAACUUCCUUUUAAAUGGUGUUUUUUCAAUCAAACCUUUUAUACAAACACGUGAAGCCAGAGUGAGCAGUAAAUGGACGACAAAGGCACGGGUUCCUGUCACAUGGAAACACUGCCUGUGCCACAUGGGGGACCUGCUGUUUAGCAUGACCUGCUCGAUACUCUUUAAUCGAUUAAAAACAUUUGUUAAUAAUUUAAUUAGUAAACAACAAAUGUGCUUUAAAUAAGGUUAACGCUGUUAUUAAUAAACACACCACUGAAAUAACUGUCAUCCUCCAUAUUGUAUUAACUGAUCGACUGCACAUUCUGUGACCUUUUGAGUGAAUUGUUUAACUGGACACAUUUAAACUAGCUGUAUGUAGGUGUUUUUCAGUGGAUAACGACUGUCACGUUUGCAUGCUGGAAUGCUGAACUUGUAAUUCACAAGUGCUUUGGGAUAUUUCUCGUAUGUAAAGCUCAUACUAGUAAAUAAAUGCAAUAGUUAAUCGGCAAAAUGA